CUGAAUUCAAUCAUCAACAUCGGUACGCCCGGACAAAGCAUGGACGUCCGGUUUGACAGUGCCUUUAAUGGUGUGACGGUGCAGUCUACCAUGGAAGAUCCCCUACCAGUCACUGGUGUUGUAUUUAACCAAACGGAGUCUACUUCUUUCGAAUCCUCUGCGGAUAAUUAUUAUUAUGAGUUUGGGGAUGGUUCAUGGGUAGAGGUUGUGUUUGCUUCGGACACUAUCGAUAUUGGAGGCGUGGACUUUACUGACAUACCGUUCGGUCGACUCAAUUACCAUCAAGAGAUCGGGAGGUCGCUGCCUUUUGGCGGAGGCAGCAGUGUAAUUGGAUUGAAUCUCAACCCAAACCAGGGCCUUGCAAAAAAACCGAGUUUUAUGUAUGCUAUUAAAAGUCAACUGAAAGAAUGGACAUGCAUGUUUGAUUCUUCCCGGGAAUGGAGAAACGGCACCGUGAAGUUUGGAGAGGUCAGCCCUGCCGAUUAUAGUGGCGACAUCGCAUGGGCAGGUCGAGUUAUCGAUGACGAUGAGACCUGGGCUAUCAAUCUUACUGCAAUAUCUGCCGGCAGUAGAACGGAUCCCCCUAUCAAGUCUUGGUCGGUUGCUAUCUCUACGGCGGACAUAUCUCUACAGUGGCCACAGAAGCUUCUAGACUGGUAUUUUUCUGGUAUUAACGGAGCCACAUGGUCAUCGUAUGAUAACACUUACCGAUAUCCAUGUAAUUCAGUAUUGCCAGACUUUGUGUUUGGUCUGGGAAAUGGAACUUUUACUAUCCCUGGGGUUUAUAUGCCCUAUCAGCGCGAUAGCAGUGGAGAAACUUGUGUUACACUCUUAACUGGCGAUAAUUCUACAGAUCCUAAACAUCUAUAUUCUUUCGGGACAUGGUGGUCGCAGCUCGGGGUUUUAAUUUUAGAUUAUCAAAAUGCCCAGGUUGGCUUUGCAAAUAAAAAGAAUCCUUUGCCUAUAUUUUCACUACCUUUACUUGAGGAGAUUGACUUUGUGUAA